UCUUCCAUCGAAAAAAAUCUUUUCUUUUUCUUCCCUGGUAACCAGAUAUGGAAUCCUUGUUCAACUCAAAGCUCAUUGCAUCCAAAAACACACCGGAAUCCCUACACAAAUAUGAGGUGAAGAUAUCAACUCUCCCCAAAGAAAAUGGUUGGAGUUCCAUGAUGACUCUUCGCUCAUACCAACACUUUUGGUUCCAUUCCUUCUUUCUCAAAGGAGCCAUGCACGCUCAAGAUCACUUCCAAGCUCAACCAGGUGACAUCUUUCUCUGCAACUUCAUGAAAACCGGUUGCACAUGGCUUAAGGCCUUGAGUUUCAGCAUCAUAACCCGAACCCACUUCGACGAUUCCAACACUCCAAUCCGAAACGCACUGCCACACGACUGCAUCCCGAUGCUGGAAUUUGGCGAGUACUACUCGCCCACAGGUCCCAAAAUCCCACUCUACGGCUCACACAUUCCAUACACAUGUCUGCCAAAAUCAAUAAUACAUUCACGUUGUAAAAUAGUCUACCUUUGUAGAGACCCAAAGGACACAUUUGUUUCCAUGUGGCAUUACUUCAAAAGGAUGGUGGAAACCAACAAAACAGGCAAAGAAGUGUCCUUUGUUUCCAUUGAGGAAGCCAUUGAUUUGUUCUGCAGAGGCGUUUCUUCUUUUGGACCGUACUGGGACCAUGUGUUAGGGUACUGGAAAGCCAGCUUGGAACACCCUGAAAGGAUAUUGUUCUUGAGAUACGAAGCCAUGAAGGAGGAGACCGAAUCAUGUGUGAAGAAAUUGGCUGAGUUCUUUGGGUGCCCUUUCAGCUUGGAGGAAGAAAGAGGAGGGAAAAUAGAGGAGAUUAUAGAGUUGUGUAGCUUUGAGAGUUUGAGUAAUUUAGAGGUUAAUAAGAGUGGUAAACAGGUGAAGAAGGAUGGGUAUAUGGAGAACAGUGCAUAUUUUAGGAAGGGGAAAGUUGGAGAUUGGAGGAAUUAUUUGAGUGAUGAGAUGGGUAAUCGGCUUGACAACAUCAUGGAGGACAAAUUGACCGGUUCUGGAUUCAGCUUCCUCAACAAAUAAAGCUUGCUCUUCCUCAUCACAAU